AAAAUUUCUCAGCCUCAACCCGUGAAGCUGAAUGUCCGCAGGAUAAAAAAGAGAAGAGUAGCAACAAACGCCACCCAACAGACGACGCCGCCGACGACAAACGAUAUCUCGUCAAAGCGCCAAAAACAAAACAAACAAACAAAAAAAAAUACACACCGGCAAAAAUGCAUCUCAUGUGCAACGUCGACGCCUCGGGCAAGCGUGCCUACACCCUCAAGAAGGUGCUCGAGGGCAAGGUCACCAAGUCUGCGCACCCGGCGCGCUUCUCGCCCGACGACAAGUGGUCGCGCCACCGCAUAACCCUCAAGAAGAGGUUUGGGCUGCUGCAGACGGAGAAGAAGGACCUCAAGGCGCUCCAGUCAUCAUGAGCUGUUUCUUGUAUUCUUCUUAUUUGUUCUGAGCGGUAUAAUUCGGUUUAUUCAUAUUCUUUUUUUUUCAAAUGGUCAAUUUCUACCUGGUCAAAGGGAGAGGCGUUUUCGGCGCAACAUCUGGCUUAAAUGAUGGAACGGGCGACGACCAAAAAGGUGUUGGAGAUGCUGCAUUAUUUGUUGUGAUGAGUCCAGCAGAGAGAUAAAAAUUUGUUGUCUCUUGCUGAGACUGCUUCAUCUGUCGCAUGCCUUUGGAAUACUACGGAAAUGUGGUGCAUACGGCGGUCAUCACUCGUAUCAGGUCUAUAUUUUGGUCAUGAUGCUUUUAUCUAUCAAUCCGUGUACCGGUGUAUCUCUAAGAUGGUAUUUUUUUGCAAGAGAAUGGCGUCACAAAACAAGGAGUCGUGUUUAUUACCUCCGUUUCUUUCCAUUGACAUUGCGCCCCGCGCCGACCUUGAUACGGCCGUUUCCGCCUGCCCUCUCACCGGUCAGGAUGCCGGGAAGGUAGUCCUCAUCCAUGAGAUCUCUCACCCUCGCGCGGCGCUCGUCGUCAACCUUGCGCUG